UUGAGUGGGAAUGGUUAGACAGAUUUCCUGCAUUUUAAGGCUCUUUUUCCUCUGAGGAGAUUGCUCUGGGACAAUUUCAUUUAAUGCCUCUUAUUUAUAUUACCUUUCUAUGGGUAGCUUGAUUCGAAGGAUUUUAAAGUGACUUUAAGGAACAUUACCACCAUUUUGAAAAGUUCCAGUUUCAGACACAUGAAAGAAAAGUUUUGAGGGGAUUCCUAAAGCUGUAUUGCAGCUUGCAGGAAGUGGCAGCACCAAGAAAAUGGAAACUGUGAAAGCUUUCCUAGCAUUGACUGUUCUUCUUCUCCUGGGGAUUCUUGAACCUCUAAUAGUAGCCAAGCUUGUCCUUGUGAAUAAAGGCAUCAGCGUUGAAAGAGGACGAGUUGCAUAUGUGACAGAAAAUGAGCUACAGUUCAAUAUUUCUAAAGAGAAAGACUCCUGCAAGGUAGAGGUGGUUUUAAAUGAGCCUGUGACACAAAGAGUUGGAAAAUUUAUCCCUCAGGUAUUUGAUUGUCGUUUCUUACCCAACGAAGUAAAAUACAUUCAUAAUGGCUGCCUGCUGCUAAAAGAAGACAGCGUGAUGUUGAGAGUAUAUAGGUUUACGGAACUGAAGACCAUUGUGGAAAAAUUUAUUCUUCAUAUAGAAAUAAGAAGCCCAAAAGCAAGUCUCAUUCAGUUUGGACAAAUACCUCUAGAAGUUCCAGAUUUCUUUGGGGUUUCUCAGCCAAUUGACAAAAACGUUAUGACUUUCAAAUAUGGCGGACUUGGUAAAGCUUGCACAGUUAGGAUCAUGUCAUCUGAAUUACAUUUUCCUGCUGUUGGCCAACUAGUUGCUGAGGAUCUUAAAAUACAGAAAAGUGAUGAAUUAUCAGAUAAUCCAGUUCACACUGCAUUGAAAAAAGCUGGGCAAUCCCAACCACCUUGUACCAGGAAUGCGGCAUGCCUUUCAGGGUUGAAGGAAAUACAACUUCUAAAGAUGAGCUGUGAAGACUUUCUAGUGAUGGGACUUAGGUACCAGCAUCUCAGCCCACCAUCACCUGAUACAGAUUAUAUCGCAAUCCAAGUAGAAAUCAGAGAGAAAAAGAGCAGAUUACAAUUACAGACAGAAAAUAUAUGGAUCCCUGUGAGGAUAAAAGGGGCUAUUCCAAACAGACAACCACAAGCUGCAUUCAUGUCCAUGUUCAUCUUGGAGAUAGAUGAGUUCAUUCUUACGCCUCUUACCACAGUGAUUUUAGAUGCUGAAGAUGAAGAAACCCAAAGAGAAAGAUUGGUAUUCAACAUUACUAAACCUCCUCUCCAGGGAUUUGUUACUCACUUGGAAGACCACUCCAAGGCUAUUACAUCUUUCACUUGGCAGGAUUUGUAUGAUACAAAAGUUGCCUUCCAGCCACCAAAUAUUUCUCAUUCUGAGAGACAGAACUAUGAGGUUGAGUUUCAAGCAAUUGAUAGCUUCUUCAUGAACAGUUCUCCUAUCAUGGUCCAUUUUUCUAUACGAAGUGCAGAAACAAAUGCUCCUCGAGUUGCAUGGAACAUGGGGCUUUACUUGUUGGAAGGACAGUCACAUCCAAUUACCUGGGAGACUCUUCAGAUUGUAGACAAUGAUAACCUUGAUGCUGUUCAGCUGCUUGUUGUGGAAGGCUUGAAUCAUGGUUGGCUCACAAUCCAUGGGAACAAAGGCUUCAAGUUUGGUGUUACAGAUCUCAAGGAUGGCGUUGUCCUCUAUCAUCAUGAUGAUACUGACACAAUUAAGGACCACAUCGUCUUCAGGAUCUCUGAUGGACGGCACAGUGCUAGACAUAAAUUCCCGAUUAACAUUCUUCCUAAAGAUGACAGCCCACCAUUCCUAGUGAGCAAUCUUGUCUUUGAGGUGGAAGAAGGAGGGAAAAUCCUCAUUGAAACUCAUAUGCUUAUGGCAGCUGAUUUUGACUCAAGUGAUGAUUAUAUCUUCUACAAAAUAUCCAAACCACCCUGUGUGGGAGAACUUAUUAAACAACCCUUCCUGGAUGGCUCAGGUUUCCCUGUGUUCAGCUUCUUCCAAAGAGAUAUCUUCCAUGGUCUCAUCUAUUAUCGACAUUUUGGAGGAGAAAUUUUCCAAGACUCUUUUGAGUUUACCUUAGCAGACAGUCAGGAACCACCUAAUAUUUCAGAACUUCAGAUUGUGUUUAUUCACAUUAUGCCAGUGAAAGAUCAUUUGCCAGAAGAAGUCCCUGGAACUCUAAGGCACCUUGUUGUCAAAGAAACGGAGAUUGCACACAUCACAAAGGACCACCUCCAUUUUACAGACAUUGAAUCGCCAGACAACCAGCUUAUGUAUACAAUUACAAAGCCUUGUUUCUUCCCUGCUUCUCUUGGGCUUUGUGAUGCAGGAAAGCUAAUUUUCACAGACAGCAUGAAAAGUUAUGUGAAAAACUCUACUAUGCCUUUAUUAUCAUCUUUCACACAGCAUGCCGUAACACAUCUGAAAGUGGCAUACAUGCCCCCGUUGAUGGAAAUAGGCCCUGACCCGUUGUUUAUACAGUUUGAAUUCUCUGUCAGUGACCAGCAGGGAGGAAUGAUGACUGGUCUUCUUUUCAAUAUCACAGUGAUGCCGGUGGAUGAUGAAGCACCUGAGAUUUUCACCAAUCAUCUAAAAACAAAAGAAGGUAUCAGUUCAUUCAUCACUGGAGAGCACCUAAUAGUAACAGACUUGGACACAAAGAACAGUGAUAUCAGAAUUCAGUUGAAGAAAUCACCUUCUCAUGGACACAUUGAACUACAUGGCCUUCUUAUGCUAGAAGGGGAGAAAUUUACCCUAGAGGAUUUACACUCUUACAAUGUUAGGUAUCAGCAUGACAGUUCUGAAACCCUUGAAGACAGAGUCACAUUUUCUGCAACAGAUGGAUUGAACACUGCAGAUGGAAUGCUAAGAGUACAGAUCAUACCAGUUAAUGAUGAGCCACCAGAGCUGCAGCCUGGAUUAAAAUCAAGUCUGGAGUGUCUAGAAGGAAAUCAAGUAAUCAUCACUGCCGAAUACCUCUAUGCAACAGAUGCUGACAGUGAUGACUCCAGACUCACUUACAUGAUUGCCAGGGCUCCCACACAGGGAGUGAUUCAAAAGGAUGGCUUUGUGGUGGAGAUGUUUUCUCAACAUGAUAUUAUUCAAGGAUCCAUUUCCUAUGUACACACUGGAGGUGAAAUAGGAGAUAAGUACUUCACGGACACUAUAACCCUCAUAAUCUCCGAUGGAGAGGCUGGAAUAAUAGAUGGCUGUUGCAAUGAGAAAAAUCUCCCACCACCUGUGCCACUUCACCCCAACUUACCAGUGUAUGAUUUGAACAUCACAGUGCUGCCUGUUAACAAUCAGUGGCCAGUGGUGCAAACUGGAGAAGUGUUUGUGGUGGAAGAGGGGUCUACAGCACGUAUUACUUUACAAUAUCUGGAUGCUUCAGAUGAAGACUCAAAGCCAGAGGAGCUAACUUUCUUUGUGGAGACAAAUCCUCAAUAUGGUUACCUGGAAAACAUCCUUCCUACACCUGGAUAUGAGAAAAGCAAUGCUGGGCUUAAUAUAAGUUUAUUCACUUUUCGGAGUCUCCAGUCUGGUUAUAUCAACUAUGUGCAGUCCAAACAUGAGCAUUCAGAACCCACUUCUGAUCUCUUCAUGAUAUCGGUCAGCGAUGGCCUUCACAAGUCUAUGGCAACAUCUUUCUACAUCAUCAUUGAUCCAGUUAAUGAUGAAUUACCAGUGCUGCAACUUAGGAACAUAACAAUAAGAGAAGGUGACAUUAGGGCAAUGGGCCCUGACACCAUUAAAGUUGAAGAUGAUGACGUCCCACAAGAUGCCCUGAUAGUCUACAUUGUAACUCCACCUCAUCAUGGGAUGAUACUAAAAGAGAUUUCUGGCAGAGACACUGAGCAUUACAAGCAGUUAAGCCCAAUUGUGCUUCAUCGAGACUUAGAAGUUCACAGCUUUACACUGGAAGAACUUAAUCAAGGACUGAUGCUUAUGUACAUGCAUGAUGACACAGAAAGCCUAGAGGAUAGUUUCACCAUUCAGCUGACAGAUGGCAAGCACACAGUCCAAGGGACACUUUACAUCUACAUCACGCCAGUCAACGAUGAAAUCCCUCAUCUUUCCAGGAACACAGGUUUAGAAGUUGAAGUUGCUGCAAGUAAAGUUAUUUCCAGUGUGUCAUUAGAAGUGGAGGACAAAGAUUCUUCAAGGAAUCAGCUCCAUUAUAUCAUCAACAACAAGCCAAAAUGUGGACACCUAAAAUUAAAGACUACAUCAGCUUGGAGCACACUGCAUCCUGGAAUGAAUUUCACUCAAGAUGAUGUGGACAUGAACCGCCUCUGGUAUUUCCAUACUAGCAUCCUGGUUCCAGAAAGCCACGACAGCUUUCGAUUUUAUGUGACAGAUGGACAGCACAGCUUACCACCAGAAAGCUUCUAUAUCUUUAUUCAAAGUGUGGACAAAGGUGACAUUGUUCUAUUCACCAAACCUGUAACUUUAACAGAGGGUGACAGGGUGACCUUGACGACAGAUGUUCUUAUGGCAACAGAUGGCACUGGCAAACCCGAGAAGCUGCUGUAUGCCAUUUCUGUGCCACCUGUGCAUGGUCAGAUUGAGUACAUCAAUUAUCCCGGCAUGCCCAUUUCCCGCUACAGCCAGUUGGAUGUCGUGGCCCAGAAGGUUUGCUACAUUCAUGACAAUAGCCACGAGGCUAGUAAGGAUUCAUUCAGCUUUACUGUCAGCAAUGGUCAUGUGGAGAAAAAAAGUCUGCUAGAACUGAACAUUGAGCACAUUGACCGCAUUCCUCCCACGUUACUUAACAACAAAGGUCUCCAUGUUGUGGAGGGUAGUAAAGGAUUCUUAACUCCAGAUUUUCUUCAGCUUACGGAUGUAGAUAGUCCAGUAAAAAACCUCACCUAUGUAAUUACCCAGCAUCCACAAUAUGGACAUUUGUACAUGAAAGAGACUGUCAUGCACUGGGGCCAGUUUACGCAGCUGGAUGUGGACAGUAUGAAGGUGUACUACAAACACAAUGGUGGAGCUGGACAAAUUGAUACAUUCUCAUUUAUAGCUACAGACAAAGUCAAUCAUGGAUUUUUGGUUAAUGGGCAAUUGAGAAAGGACCCUGUGGAAUUUACAAUACAGGUAGAAUUUCAAGAUAAAGCAGCUCCAAAACUCUUUCUAAAGGCAAGUCCAACCACCAUACAAAACCUCAAAGAUGGGAGGUUUGCAAUCCCUAUUACAGUCCGCAACCUAAAAGUCACAGAUGCUGAUAGCAGAGAAGAGGAUAUCAUCUUCAGUGUUCAGCGGCACCCUUUCUUUGGGUAUCUGGAAAACACAAAAGCAGGUAAUUUCCUACAAAACUCUUUUACUCAAGAUGACUUAAACCAACAUCACAUUCGGUACAUCAUAAACCCCUUCAUGGAAAUAACUUCAGAUAGCUUUGAAUUUCAGGUCUCAGAUACAGCAGGCAACACAAUAGCUCCAGAAAUUCUUGAAAUAAAAUGGUCACGUAUAGAACUGGCGGAAACAUGCUACCGUGUCUGUGAAAGCGUUGGGUCUCUUCCCAUUAAACUUCUGAGAACAGGACAGAGUGCCGAACCAUCAUUUGUUGGAAUAAAAGUCCAAGAAGUAUCAGCUAGAAUUGACUUGGACUUCAAACACAGCUCCGCACGAUUAGUACAGUUUGAUCCUGGUGUAUCUGUAAAGAUCUGGAAUGUCCUCCUUCAGGAUGAUGGUCUUGAAGAAAACAAUGAAGUGUUUAAAAUAAUACUGAACAAACCUAAAAAUGCUGUACUGGGACACAAGAGGGAAGUGACUGUUGAAAUUCUAGAUCCAAGGACUGGUGGCUGUGAUUCUUUUGCAACCAUCCAACCUCGAGAUACUCAGGAAGUGUUGGAGAGGACUAGCAAAAUUUCAGAAAACCCAUUGUAUGCUGGUCAUUCACUUAUGGCAAGUGGAAGAGGAAAUAUCCUUCAUGAAGAGCAUCUGGUCAAUAAGGAUCAUCAUCAUCAUCAUCAUCAUGACUCUCCAUCCAGGGGAGAUGUUCCUCAGGCAGAACACAUGCUUGAUGAUGAAGACGUGGAUUUCCAAGUUCUUGCUGAUCCAAAACCCGAGAAAAAGCACCAAGCAGCUCAACACAGCCCAUUGUUCCAAGGAAAUACUUCAACAGGAGCUGAAGGGCAAUUUGAUCUACCAUCUGACAUUGGGACAGCUGCUCAGGAGCCUUUGUCUGUUUUACCUUUUCGCCAACAAAGCCAAUAUUACUUUCCUCAGAGAGAUUUGGGCAUGAAGAGUGAACCUAUCUCAUUACAUACAAGCACAAAGCAGAGGACUAAACCCAGGAAGUGCCCUUUUGGUUGGACACUCCGAGACAAGCAUUGCUACAUGUUGAGUUCAAUUAGAAAUUCAACUUGGGAAAACGCUGAAAGAGCCUGCAGAAAAUGGUCCAAUGGGCAUCUAGCCAGUGUGCAUUCUCCAAGAGAGAUGGCGUGGCUCUGGAAAUUUGCCAAUAAGCAGCCAUUCUGGAUUGGACUAAAAGAAGAAAAUAAAGAGGACAGUUGGGUGUGGAGUAAUGACCGACCAAUGACCUUCCAUAACUUCAAAGAAGGAAAAGCAAGACUGCGCAAGAACACUGAACGGAGAUGUGCUUUUGUACAAAUGCAGAAGACAUGGACCGCAAGACCAUGUGGACAAAGGCAGAAAGGAAGAUAUAUUUGUUCCAUUCCUUCACUAACUAAAACUGAAAUUACAACAAUGAUUUAAUUGGUAUGUGAAGUUGGUGGGAAUUUCACAGUAUAAUAUUAUGAGGAAGUUACUAGAAAUUUUAGAGGUGCAGUUAUACAAGAUGAUCAUUCCAACAUAACUUCAGAAAACAUCCUGAGGAAGAAGAAACAUGUCCUUUUAUUUUGUAGAGCUUGGUGGAGAUCUCUGCCUUGCUCAUAUCUUGCCUGAUCAUUUCUAUAUAUUCAAAAUGUACAUGUUAAAAGACUGGCAUGUCAUGUGGUGUUGAGCCCUAUUGGAAACCUGACUGGAGAAUAGCGACAUCACAUUUCUGUAAGUUCACUUCUUUUAACCUCUAGACAAAGUAGGUCUAGAGACCUAGUAAUCAUUUUGCUGAUGGCAGUGUCCAGUAUCUGUCAAAAAAUGAGAGCUGUAAGAAAGACUGAACCCUCAAACAAAAUGCUCAAAGUCCAUAGGGCAAAAUAGAGAUAGAUAGAUAAAUACAAAAUUAUCUAUUUCUUUAAAAUGUAAUUUUAAAUUUAAAAGUAAUCAAGUUCUGGUAAGAAUUAAUCUGCCUACUUUGUGUUAACUAUCUCUACAACAGACUAACUGUCACCUUAAGUGGUGCAGUGGAGAAAUGCUUGACUAACAAGGAGAAGGUUGCCGAUUUGAAUCCCUGCUAGUAUGUUUUCAGUGAUAUAGCAAGAUGCUGCAAGGCAUCAUUUCAUACUGUGAAGAAGGAUGCAAUGGUAAACCCCUCCUGUUUUCUACCAGAGAAAACCACAGGGCUCUGUGGGUGCCCAGAGUCAAAAUCAACUUGAUGGCACACUUACCUUUACCUUUUACAAUGGGUAAUUUUGGUUUAAAUAAGUUAGGCAGCUCACAAGUUAGCCUACUUGCACCUCAAACAUUCACAUGUCUGCACAUGUCCGCCUUCUUGAAUCAAGGUGGAUGAAACAACCACAAACUAUGCCUUUCUGGUGUCCCUAUGUGUCCAUACAACUGUACCAAAUUGGGUUCAAAUCGGUUAGGCAGUUCACAAGUUAGCCCCCUUGUGCCUCAAACAUUCAUGUAUCUGACAUCUUGAAUUGGGGUGGAUGACAUCAUCACAAACUAUGCCAUUGAGUAGGGGUGUGCACCGGACCGCGGACCUGCGGCUCGG